GCGGCCCGGGCUCAGUUGUCUGAGCGAGCGCGAGCCGGGAGCCGGGGCGGGCGCGGGCAGCGGCGGGCCGGCCGGGCUGUGCGGGGCGAGCGGCGGCGGCGGCGGGGGCGCUUCGGCCGGGGCGGCAGCUGGGCGCCGGCGGGAGCUAGCAGCGUCUGCAGCCGCGCCGGCCGCCCGCGCCCCGGCGCGCUCCGGCUCGGCCAUGGAGCUGCCAGCUGUUGGCGAGCACGUCUUCGCGGUGGAGAGCAUCGAGAAGAAGCGGAUCCGCAAGGGCAGAGUGGAGUAUCUGGUGAAAUGGAGAGGCUGGUCGCCCAAAUAUAACACGUGGGAACCGGAGGAGAACAUCCUGGACCCCAGGCUGCUGAUCGCCUUCCAGAACAGGGAACGGCAGGAGCAGCUGAUGGGAUAUCGGAAGAGAGGGCCGAAGCCCAAACCGCUGGUGGUGCAGACCUCUCACCUCCUGCCCCCCAUGAGGCAGCUGCGGACCUGGUGGGGGCUGGGGCGCGCCAGAAACUCCCGGCAUGCGGUGGGGCCGGCCUCCUCCCUCCUCUCACCCCUGCACCCGUGCCCUCAGGUGCCUACCUUUGCCCGUCGUUCCAAUGUCCUGACCGGACUCCAGGACUCCUCCACUGACAACCGUGCCAAGCUGGAUUUGGGCGCGCAGGGGAAGGGCCAGGGGCAUCAGUACGAGCUCAACAGCAAGAAGCACCACCAGUACCAGCCGCACAGCAAGGAGCGGGCGGGCAAGCCCCCGCCGCCGGGCAAGAGCGGCAAGUACUACUACCAGCUCAACAGCAAGAAGCACCACCCCUACCAGCCCGACCCCAAAAUGUACGACCUGCAGUACCAGGGCGGCCACAAGGAGGCGCCCAGCCCCACCUGCCCGGACCUGGGGGCCAAGAGCCACCCGCCCGACAAGUGGGCGCAAGGCGCGGGGGCCAAAGGCUACCUGGGGGCGGUGAAGCCCCUGGCCGGUGCGGCGGGUGCUCCAGGCAAAGGCUCCGAGAAAGGCCCCCCCAACGGAAUGAUGCCGGCCCCCAAAGAGGCUGUGACGGGCAACGGGAUCGGGGGCAAGAUGAAGAUAGUCAAGAACAAGAACAAGAACGGACGCAUCGUGAUCGUGAUGAGCAAAUACAUGGAGAACGGCAUGCAGGCUGUGAAGAUCAAGUCCGGUGAGGUGGCAGAGGGGGAGGCUCGUUCCCCCAGCCACAAGAAGCGGGCAGCCGACGAGCGCCAUCCCCCUGCCGACAGGACUUUUAAAAAGGCGGCGGGCGCAGAGGAGAAGAAGGUGGAGGCGCCGCCCAAGAGGAGGGAGGAGGAGGUGUCCGGGGUUAGCGAUCCGCAGCCCCAGGAUGCCGGCUCCCGCAAGCUGUCCCCGACCAAGGAGGCCUUUGGAGAGCAGCCCCUGCAGCUCACCACCAAGCCCGACCUGCUUGCCUGGGACCCGGCCCGGAGCACGCACCCGCCCUCACACCACCCGCACCCGCACCCCCAUCACCACCACCACCACCACCACCACCACCACCACGCGGUCGGCCUGAAUCUCUCCCACGUGCGCAAGCGCUGCCUCUCCGAGACCCACGGCGAGCGCGAACCCUGCAAGAAGCGGCUGACUGCGCGCAGCAUCAGCACCCCCACCUGCCUGGGGGGCAGCCCAGCCGCUGAGCGCCCGGCCGACCUGCCACCAGCCGCCGCCCUCCCGCAGCCCGAGGUCAUCCUGCUAGACUCGGACCUGGAUGAACCCAUAGACUUGCGCUGCGUCAAGACGCGCAGCGAGGCCGGGGAGCCGCCCAGCUCCCUCCAGGUGAAGCCCGAGACACCGGCGUCGGGGGCGGUGGCGGUGGCGGUGGCAGCAGCACCCGCCACGACGGCGGAGAAGCCUCCAACCGAGGCCCAGGACGAACCUGCAGAGUCGCUGAGCGAGUUCAAGCCCUUCUUUGGGAAUAUAAUUAUCACCGACGUCACCGCGAACUGCCUCACCGUUACUUUCAAGGAGUACGUGACGGUGUAGCUGGAGGGCGUCGGAAGGGGAAGCGCCAUUCCCGCGGGGGGGCGGGGAGCUGAGCGCCUGGGGCCUCGGGGCGGGCUCCCCUCUCGCCAACCCGCCAACCGCGAGAGACCCGGGCUGGCCCCCAGGGUGAGGACGCCCGGAGCGGAGGUAACCAUGUUCCCCCUGCGGCGGCUGUCAGACCCGGGCGGAGGCCCCUUCCACGCGGUGCCGGCGGGGCUCGCCCUCUCCUGCCCUUCCCCGCUGGAGACGGACCCCCGGAACGGACAGGGCAGCUCUGCGCCCGGCCUCAGAGUUCUAGUAUUAUAUUUUAACCGUGCUAACUUGUCAAGUGCUGACUCUACUCCCGGUUUGUACGUGGUGUUAUUAUUGAAAUGUAUUGUUUGAGCUCAAAAGGCCCGACCACCCCCCUUCGGGCUGCUAUAUAUAUAUUUAUUUGUAGGUAUUUAUAUAUUGAAAUAUAAAAACCUAGAUUUAUGGAGUUUCCUCUAGAUCAUGUUAUAUUCUAUAUCAGACAAACUAUUUUCUUUUGACCUUUCUUCUCCUCCAUCCAGUAUUUCGGUUGAUUUCAUUUUCUCCCCUCUCUUCCCCUUCCACGAACUGCAAUACCAGUAACCUUGGUAUAUAUUUUUUGAUACUGUACACAUGGAUGUGUUGUUUCUAUGUGCAAAAAAAAAAAAAAAAAAGUUUGUUAAAAGGCUACACGAGCUCUCUAGAAACUGCUGCUACUAGAAAUGUCUAAACUAUAAGCUUCCAACUAUUACCUGCUUGAAUGUAAAUAUUAAAUGGAGAUGUUGAAGGUG